AUGGUGGACUCAACGAUAUUGGAACCUACUUUGCACACAAUCAAAGCCAUUGUUAUUCUUGAUAAUGAUGGAUGUAGAUUGGUUGCUAAGUAUUAUGACAAGACAUUUGCAACUGUGAAAGAACAAAAAGAUUUUGAAAAAAAUCUUUUCAACAAAACAUAUAGAGCUAAUGCUGAAAUCAUAAUGCUUGAAGGCUUGACCUGUGUUUACAAAAGCAAUGUGGAUCUUUAUUUUUAUGUCAUAGGCAGUUCACAGGAAAAUGAGUUAAUUCUUGCCAGUGUACUGAAUGCAUUAUAUGAUGCUGUGAAUCAGAUGUUAAGAAAAAAUGUUGAACGCCGAGCUUUGCUAGAGAAUCUGGAUGCUGUGUUCUUAGCAGUUGAUGAAAUCUGUGAUGAAGGAAUUAUUUUGGAAGCAGAUCCCUCUGCAAUUGUUCAGAGAGUUGCUAUCAAGUCUGAUGAUAUUCCUUUAGGUGAACAGACGGUUGCACAGCAUCUUAGCAAAAAGUUAGAGUCACUCAUUUCUUCUUUCCUCGGUUGCCUCCCUUUAAUUUUGUCCUUAUUUUUAUGUAAGCUUCAUGUACUCUUUACUGUCUCUUAA